AUGACUGUCAGAGGAGUCGGACGAAGAUUUUCCAAUCUGGUUUGCAAAAAGGCUGAUGUUGACUUGAAUAAAAGAGCAGGUGAACUUAGUGAAGAGGAGGUUGAAAAAUUGAUCACCAUCAUGUCCAAUCCUAGGCAAUACAAAAUUCCCGACUGGUUUUUAAAUAGACAGAAAGAUAUUAAAGAUGGAAAAUACAGCCAGGUAACUUCUAAUGGCUUAGAAAAUAAGCUUCGUGAAGAUCUGGAACGACUAAAAAAAAUCCGUGCUCAUAGAGGACUUCGACAUUACUGGGGGCUUCGUGUACGUGGUCAGCACACAAAGACAACUGGCAGGAGAGGACGAACUGUUGGUGUGUCCAAAAAGAAGGGUUAAGCUGUUACUGUAAUAUCUGUUCAGUGAAUAAAAAAGUUCUUGUUCAGAAUUA